AUGCGUUUUGGGCCUCACCAGCAGCACCCGCUGGUUCAGCAGCAGCACGCGGCAGUUGUACUGGUUCUGCAGCAGCAGCAGCAGCAGCAGCAGCAGCACAGCAGCAGCAGCAGCAGCAGCAACAGCUGGGGCGCCGAGCGGCAAACAGCAGCGCCGCAGCAGCAGCAGCAACAGCUGCAGCCCCGCCGCCGCCCGCCCCCCAAAACAGCAGCAGCAGCAGCAGCAGCACCGCCACCGCGCCCCACCCCACAGCAGCAGCAGCAGCAGCAGCAGCAGCAGCAGCAGCAGCAGCAGCAGCAGCAGCAGCAG